CCUGCCAGUGUUGGCUAGGUAGUGGAGGAGUGUAGACACGUCGCUCCGCGCUCCCGACUCUUCACUCUUCGUUUCCUUCUGUUACACUCUCAUACUUUGGGACUGUUUGUAGGGACGACGCCUGUGCUGGGCGAGACUCGAGGCUCUGGCGCGGAUGGAUGGAUUAAAGUGAGCCAAGCCUACGAUGUGGAUUGGCGAUAACCGAGGAAAAGAUUAUUAUUCUAUGGUUUUGAUAUAGGCCUUGGAAUUUUUUUCACGGCGAGCCUUAUCUCAACCUUUCUCUACUAAGUAAGGAAUACGAACAUCUAUACGAUACGAAAAAUGUGAUCGUCAUAUUUCAUUAUAUUAAAAAACAAGAUAAAAUCUUCAAAACAGUGCCAUUACCCCCCACCCACCCACCGACCCCCCUCAAAAUAAUAAUAUUAAAAAUAAUAAUACUUCCAAGUAAUAAAGUUCUAAAAAUUAAAAAAGAGAAUAUACACACAAACAAUUCCCCUUCAGUUUUCCAAUCCUUGACGUUUUUCCCCCCCAAAGCCUUCAAUUAGAGGCCAAGUUAAAAAAAAAAAAAAAAAAAAAAAAAUCCCGAACGCCAGAACUGUUGUAAUGUCAGAAUUAAGUGUUGCUCUCCAUCCUUGACUCCCGGAGGCUGUGCUGAUGCUUCCGGACUCCGCUCCAAGACCCGAGGCAGUGGUUAGUGAUCAGUGACAGGGAUUGGAAACCUCGUGGGGGAGAGGAGGAAGAGGAGAAGGAAGAGGAGGAGGAGAGAAAGAAGAAAGGAAGGAAACAAAAAAGAAAGAAACUUCUCACACCUCGUCGUCAAUUUUUAUAAUUCAGGGCGGCCGUGGAUCACCCCCCGUACUACUGCCUCACGCAGCUUUAAGGGUGAAAAUGUCGGCCCCCUGGCUCGCCCUAGACCCUCGCUGGCUGCGCCCACUCCUCACCCUCGCAUUUCUGACGACGCUCAUUCACGCACAAUGCGAACUGCCGGCGCACUGGCGAGGAGGCUGGUUCCAGAGCGGCGCCAGGGAGGUCAUUUCCAUCACCAGGGCAGAGUUCUCCUCGAAGGGCCUGUGUCUCCAGUCCUCCGGCGAGAAGUUCCUCUUCAAAGACAGAACGGAAGGAUGUUUCCGAUGUGUCGUGAUAAGCGAAAAACACCCUAAUAUCCUUCAGUACAAAGAAACUCUGUGUGAGAACAUCAACGACCUGGCGGACCUGUGUGCGCUGAUCACUGGCGAUGCUCUGCUCUUCUCGAUGUUCCGCCGCGACGCCCGCCCUGUGCCCUGCCAGUUCAAGGGCCCGCUGACCUUCGGGUACCAGAGGGGGCAUGGGCAGUGCAACUCGCCCGCCUCGACCAUCGACUCCUGCACGAGUGAGAGUCGACUGCUCUUCAAGUACCAGGCGUGUCCGGACGUUCAGGGCACUGAGAGCUCGGUGCAGGAGGUCGAGUGUAUCGGCCACUGGAAGGAGGGCUCGACGCGAUACUUCGUGGGGCGUCUCGAAGGGCGUCGCGCCGACGAGGACCGCUACCGCUGCUUCGCGUGGGAGAGGGCGAGGGAGGCCGAGAGCCGCGUCGAUUAUCACAUGGCGCUCUCGGGGGACGCCACGUGCAACGGCGUCUUCUCCGCACAUGAUGGGUCGACGACGCUCAAGAUCAAGAAAGCAGGCAGUUACAGCGGGUGCGAGUUCCCCUCUUGGGUGACGAGCCACCGCCGCUGGCACGCCCUCGACAAGGGCGCCUCCUACUCCGUGGCCCACCACAACACCACCCUCAAGCUGCACCACGCCCACACGUCCCGCGCCCAACCCACGCCCCUCGGACUUACUGAUCAGGAAGCGGACGAGGAACGACCCCACGUGGCCUACGGGACAGCGGAAGCACGACUGGUGUGUUACGAACAGAGGGAAGCAACGCCGUCUAGAGUGGUUCUGGUCACUCACACCACUACAGGAUGUUCGAGUGGGUACAUGUGUACCGUACUGUACCGUAGGGAGGGGCACAUUAUUGAAAUGCAACAAGGAUCACGCGCUAUCAGACCCCAGGAUGCCUGUCGACCGACUUACUUCAAUGCUUCCACGGCACCGCAUACAACUUUGACGAGCGGCUCUCCCUCCCGCCGGCCGUGCCCCUUCGUCGGCGUGUGGACGGCGGUGGAGGGCGACUGUGACCAGGACGUGACUCACCUGAGGGCGGGAUGCGUAGCCCUUCACGCCCUCCAGUUCGUCCACGCCUGCUCAGGGGAGGCGGCCAAGCAUUCGUACGUGUGCCAUGGCCACUGGGCUGAGGGCGGGUCCGUGUUUGUCGUGGCCUCGCCCCACGACCGCCCCAGCCACCGCCUCUGCCUCACCGCGACCUCCAUCACCAACAACAACAGCAACAACAAUAACAACAAUGGCAAGAACAACAGCAGCAGCAAGACGCUACAGGUCACGGCGCAUGCGCACUCUUGCCCGCGUCGACACGUUCCUCCGACCACGACUCUUAGUCUGAACCUGACUGCACAAGGUGAAUGCACUGUGGCAAGCGGCAGCAGCCGUCUCUCUCCCGCCCAACUGUUGCUCUCCAUUCUCGCUGUUCUGUGUAUCGUCGUACGUCUGGAAGGCGCGGGCUGCUGCAGUGAAGCAAAGGGUUCCAGAUGAAGUUCUUGUACGGCAUCUGCAGACGACGAGGGUCUUUCAACCUCUCCCAUUGUAAUCUAAGAGAAUCAUUUGUAUCCAUUUUUUUCUCUCUUAUUUAUAUAUAUAUAUAUAUAAAAGAAAUCUUUGUUAUCAUGAUUGGAGGACCACUGAUAGUCUUAUUUUAAGCUUAAAAAAGUAUAUAUGUGGAUGUACUGGUACGAAAAAAGGGAGUAGCCCCUACUACGCCACCAUAAUGUUAGUCGUCGCACCGUAAUACUGAGGAAUAGUCUGUGACUAUUUUUAUUCAAGAAUUUUAUAUGUAUUGCAUAAUGAUAUAUAUUCUUUUAAAUGUUCCUGACUAACUCGAAAGCAGUUGAGGUAUAUUUUGAUAACCAUAGGUAGAUAGCACAACCGUACAGAUCCGGUAGACGGAGAGGGAAUGAUAAAGCGCGAGAGAAAUUUAAAAAAAGAGAGAACGAGAGAGAGGAAGAGAGAGAGAGAUUAAGCUAACAGAGGGUUUGUAUGAUGCCUAUACGUCCUACAUUUAUAGAAGCACAUGAACAAUAAUAAAGAAAAAGAUACAUUUGUACACCUAGUCAAGGGAGGGCAGGAGCUUGGCCAGGUCCUCUUUAAAAUAAAUAAAAGAGGAAAAGCAAGAAGAAAUGCCACGGCGCCAUCGCUUCUUCUUGGCUCGCCCAGAGGACUCCCACAGCUCCUGCAGAGGUCGGCGCACGGGGGUUCCUCAAGGGGAGGGUCCCUUGCCGAGCGCGCGUGCUGGGGGUCCCUCGCACACCGCAGCUUCCCCGUCUCCCCUUCUAAAUAGGACCCCCGCAUGGAAAGACCCCCAAGGAACUGACCCCGAAAGACUCGUGACCCCUUUAGACCCCCGAAGGGCGGGGUCACCAAUGCGCUGGCUGUUGUCCCUGUAGUUGAAGGAAUUCCGGUCCUGUGUGCUGCAAAAAACGUCGUUCUAUUUGUAAAUACUGUAUCAUACACACUUAGGUUAGGUGGCAGGAGACUGAUGAUGGCUUAGGACAUAUAGCAUAUUCCGAUCCAUCUUGAAGGUGUGGGAUAGCCAGGGGGGUCCUGCGAAGGAGGUCCUGCAGGUUCAAGGAGAACGAGGAGGAGGAAAAGAGACCCUUGGACGCUCCGAGGACCUCUUUUUCCUCUCCCUCCAUGACCUGCCACCCUAAAAUCUCCGUCGCGUGAACUGUGAAUCGAGGAUGACCUUUGACCUUAGCCUCAAAGGGGCGGGGGUUCGAGGGCGACUUCAGGAUGCUGCGGCUCUCGUUGUUAGGGAAGUUGUGAAUUGGUGAUAUGUCGGAUAUUUGCACAAAGGGGUUCAUUUAGUAG